AAAGUGUCAAUUUUAUAAGUUUUCUCAAGUUACGACCAAUGUAUGUUCAUAUGAAAAUUAUCUUUGUUUUAUAUUUUAAUUUCUUAGACAAUUAUUAUUAAUUGUUUCUGGUUUAUUAUAAUUUUUAUAACAAAUUUCGUAUUUGUUUUCUCUUGGAUUUAAUUGGUGUGAAACUAACCUUUUUAUCAGACUAAAGUACAAUGUUGUUUAAUGGAAAUUUAUCAUUACGAUUUAAACCAACAGAAUUACAAUAUUUUAAUUGGUUGUACGGUGUAGCACCAUGUUUCCCUGUGAAGUCAUCAAAAAUUAAUAUUAUUACCGAUCCCAGAAAGUUUUACGAUACGAUUACAGAAAGGUUUAAAAAUGCAACCCGAAGGAUUUCUAUUGCCAGUUUAUAUAUUGGUACAGGUGUAUUAGAAAGGAAACUUCUAGAAAUUACAAAGGAAAACGUAUUACAAAAGGAGCUGCGGUUUCAAGUUCUCUUAGAUUAUCAACGCGGUACCCGGGGCGUGGUCAAUUCUAAGACCUUAUUGCAAGAAGUAAUAAAUGCUGUACCUAAUUUAUGUAGUGUAUCACUGUACCAAACACCUAAGUUACAAAUGUCUUGGUCUAAAGCUCUACCGUCACGGUACAAUGAGCUGGUUGGUCUUCAGCACAUGAAAUUGUACAUAGCUGACAACAGAGUGCUACUGAGUGGUGCUAAUUGUUCCAAUGAUUACUUCCAACAGCGUCAGGAUCGUUAUGUUGAAAUUGAGGAUGUUGAUCUUGCAAAUUUUUAUAGUGAACUUAUAGAUGAAGUGUGUAAUUUUAGCAAAAAGUGUAGUGUUGAUGGCAAAAUAUACCACAGUUCAUAUUCAAAAGAAGAAAUGGCAAAGGAAAUGAACAAAGUUAUUUUGAAAUUAAUUGACAAAUGGAUAAGAACACAAGAAAGAAAACUUACUUCGCAGAGAAAUUUAAAAGAGUCCAAUGCAGACACAUGGGUCUUCCCAUUGUUGCAAAUGGGGGAAUUCAAAAUAACUCAAGAUGAACAGGCAACACAAAGGAUACUUGCCUCAACACCUAAGGGUUCCUACAUACGCUUGGCCACAGGUUAUUUUAAUCUUACGGAAGAAUAUGCACAAACACUACUCAGAAAUUGCAAAUCAAAGAUAAGCUUGUUGAUGGCACAUCCAAAUGCUAAUGGCUUUUUAGGAGCAGCCGGACCUGCCGGUGGUAUACCACAUGCAUAUUCUUUGAUAGCUAAGAAAUUCUGGCAGAGAGUGGUAGAUUCCAAUCAAGAAAGCAGGGUCUCUAUGAUGGAAUAUGAACGGCCAGGAUGGACAUUCCAUGCGAAAGGAUUAUGGUAUUAUCCCCCAGGAAGUGGAGUUCCCUGGGCGACAUUGGUCGGUUCUGCAAACCUUGGAGAGCGAUCGGUACGCCGGGAUUUAGAAGCUCAAGCUCUUAUUAUUACUGAAUCAUCUGAUUUACAGGAGAGGCUACACGAAGAAUGUACAAAGCUGCAUGAGUAUGCAUCGGAAUGUGGCAAAGAGCUGGAGCAUCGAGAGACGCCCCUGUGGGUUCGAGCUACCGUCGGCCUCUUUAGAACGUACUUUUGAACUUCGGCUUCGUAAGCGACAAUAUGUAUUUAUUAUUUUCGCUAAUCUCAAAACUGAUACAGAUGUACUGAUUUUUUUUACGUGUAGUACAGUUUAUUAAAAAUGGAUUCAUUUUGAUUCCCAAGAAUUGAUGUUAUAACAUGUAAUGCCAAUACAUAGCUAUAGAAUUUAUUGAAUGAUUAUUUUUCUUAAUUCUGAAUCCAGACAUGUUGCAAAAUGUAAGACGAGCAUAAUGAAGAAUAUAAUAAUAAAACUAC